AUGAUUGUCCGAGUAGAUAGCCAUGAUCUCCCUAUCCAAGAGUACAAGUUCGGGGAUGGUGUCGUGGCCUGGGCGAACCCUGGGAUUGAGACUUUUAAUGUUGGUGGAGUGCUUUAUUCUGAUAUUGGGUUUGGCCAGCUCCACAACUAUGAUCUUCUGAAUAGUGGGCAGAAUUUCCCUUUUGGCGAAGCAAGUGGUGUGAUCGGUUUCGAUAUAAACCUGUUCCAAGAUUCUGGACAACCUAGUUUUAUGUCUGCGAUCAGGGAUCAGGUGACAGAAUGGAAAUGUUCCAUUGACUUGUUCCGUGAAUGGCACAAUGGCACAUGGACUUUAGGACUCCCGAAUAAUUUCGGUAAUGUCGCUGAUAUCGCGUGGGUGACACGGAAUUAUAAUCAGCCCACAUGGAGUAUUAAUAUUACUGCAAUAUCAGCCGGCGAGAUGAAGACACCUCCAAUUCCGACGUGGUCUGCAACGGUUUCUACUCAAGAACAGUCUCUCGUUUGGCCGCAGAAGCUUUUAGACUGGUACUUUACAGGAAUCGACGCUAUUUGGUCUGCAGCGGACAAUACAUAUCGUUAUCCAUGCAAUACAACCCUGCCUGACUUCACCUUCGGCCUUGGUAACGGCACAUUCACGAUUCCAGGUACUUAUAUGCCAUAUCAGCGCGAUAGUACCAGUAAUACAUGUAUUACAAUAGUCACAGGAGACAAUUCCACAGACUCUAGCCAUGAAUACAUAUUCGGUUCUUGGUGGUCGCAACUGGGGGUAUUGAUCCUUGAGUACGAGAAUUCUCUGGUAGGAUUUAUGAAUAAAUCGUCGCCUCUGCCAAUUUUUGACAUUUCGUCGCUUGAAACGUCACUAUAAAAUGCUCUUCGACAAUUAUCACACCGUCUCUUAGUUCAUUUUGAACAAUUUGGUUG